UCUGAAGCUGGCGAUGUACCUUGCUAUGUCAGAUAUUUGAGGCCUGGCGUGCCUGGGCGGCUAUCGACGACUCGAAAUUUACGUCUGCCGAUGGUGUUGCCGUCUUUCGUGCCGCAGCUCCAUCGCCUGGAGCCUUCAAAAUUUCAAUCACUGUCAAUCACUGAGGCCCCGUCGACGAGGCAGCAAGACUCCCCAAUAAUGGCAUGCGCUUCGGACCCCUCAAUCGCAGCCUCGACAGAGAUUAAAACAUCGUCCAGUAGAAACAGAAAACAGUUGCCUGGCAAGCUGUGCUGGUGGUGGCAUCGGUAUGAGUAGUGUACCCUCGUUGCAACCUGGUUAUCCCAUCUUGAAUUACCAUGAUAAGAGUCCAUAUGCUUCCUCACCUUUUGGCGACUUCGUAUAGGAAGUGGGUCCAUGGACCGCCAAGACUUUCCGUCGGUUAAGCAGACCCGACGUUUACUUUGAGUUUU